GGCGCCGAUACCGAGCAGUCUGUGACGGGUGAGGAGGGCGCGUGGAGGAGGCGGGGCGACCCGGCCGGAGGGCCGCCGGGCGCGAGUGAGAGUGCGCGCUGCAGGCCAGCGAGCAGCCGGCGGCGGCCGGCCCGGCCGCCCUGGGUCCCCUGGCAGAGCCGGUGACGCGCGUGACCGUGCGCCCCGGCAUGAACGUGACCGUGCAGGCACCGGGCGCUAUCCGUCUCUUCGUGCAGAGCCCCGGCUUCUACUCGCUGCCGCGCACCAGGGCCCGCCUGCCCGCCAUACAUGAGACGCAGCCGAACGACUCAUGGGUGACGGUGCACUCGCUCAAGUCGGCGGACGGCGGUCUGCUGGACCCGGACGACCGGUUGAGCGACGUGGCCGACGACCGCGAGCAGAUCGUGGCCGUGUACGAGGAGCGCGACGGCCGCGCCUCGCAGCACGGCGACGGCACGUCCGCCAGCUCGGACGGCACGCGCAGCCCCGUCCAGAAUGGCGACCACAAGUUCCAGCCGUUCUCGCGGGUCGACAUCGAGGUCACCGGCGAGCAGGAGCACACGUGCUCACUCCAGGUACGGCGGGGCAGUGAGCCGGCCCUGAACCAGAUCUGCCCGCUGCCCCAGUUCCCGCCGCCGGCCAGCCGCGGCGACGCCAGCAAACGAUGGUCGGCCGCGCCGAUCAUCGACGACGACGUGCAGGCUAGCUCCACCCCGCUCAAGACGGCCAGCUGCGACCCGCUGACGCCGCCCGGCGAGCGCGGCGAGCCGUCCGGCGACGAGCGCGACCGGCUGACGCUGCCCAGGCUCACCCGCGACUCCAACCGGCUCUCCAUGCAGAUCCUCGGCAACAGCGACAGCAUGUGGAGGUGGGCGGAAGCCGCGGACCGGGUGCUGAGCGCCCGGGACCAGCGGCGCGAGCCGGUGGGCGGCGCCGUCUCGCCGGACAUCUCCAGCGACGAGGAGCCCGAGCAGGGAGAGCCGGCCGCCACGCAGCUGGUCGUGCUCACCGACAUCCAGGGUCCCCUCGGUAUCCACGUGGUGUCCGAGUGUGACGCGGGCGGCUGGGACGGCGGCGUGCUGGUGCAGCGGGUGGAGGCGGGCGGCGCCGUGGACAGGGACGGACGCAUCAGGGUCGGCGACCGCAUCUCCCAGAUCAACGGCCACAGUCUGGCCGGCUGCAGCUUCCAAAGGGCGCAGGAGCUGUUCACGAUGGCCAUGAGCCAGGGCGAGCUGCGGCUGACAGUGAGCGCCGCCGCCGCCCGGCCGCCGGCGCCCGUCUUCCCGGCCGCGCGGUCACGCUCCCACACGCCCGUCGACGGCGUCGCGCCCGAGGAGAAAGUCGGCUCGCGAGUGGCCACGGUGACGCCGACCAAGAAGGUGCCGGCCUCGCUGUCGUCGCGCACGCAGAACGUGAUGCUGACGUCCAACACGCGCAAGCUGGGCCGCCGGCUGUCGGUGGCGCUGGUGAAGGGCGCCGCCGGCCUGGGCUUCAGCGUGACCACGCGCGACAACCCGGCCGGCGGCCACGCGCCCGUCUACGUCAAGAACAUCCUGCCCAAGGGCGCCGCCAUCGAGGACGGCCGGCUGCGGCCCGGUGACAGGCUGCUGGAGAUCGACGGCGCGGCCGUGACCGGACUCAGCCAGCAGCAGGUGGUGCAGAUGCUGCGCGCCGUCGUGCCCGGACAGCCGGUCGAGCUGGUGCUCUCGCGACACGAGCAGCCCGACGACAAGAAGGCCGACGAGGCUAGUCCCCGGCUGCCCCGGCCGCUGGCGAGCACCGCACCGCCUGCCGAGAAAACAACAUGGACAAAGCCGCCGGAGCCGGCGCAGGAGGAGCCGGCCGGCGUCACCGACAAGGAGGUGCUCGUGUUCGACAUCCCCGUGCACGACUCGGAGCGCGCCGGGCUGGGUGUCAGCGUCAAGGGCAAGACGACGCCGGGCAAGAACGGCCCCGUGGACGUUGGUAUCUUCAUCAAGAGCGUCAUCCACGGCGGCGCAGCAAGCAAGGACGGCCGGCUGCAGCACAACGAUCAGCUGAUCGAUAUCAACAAUAGCGCCCUGCUCGGCCUUAGCAACGGCCAGGCGAUGGAGACGUUGCGGCGCGCCAUGUGCCAGGAGGGCCCGAGGCCUGGGGUGAUCACGCUGACGGUGGCUCGGCGGAGGGACGCCGCUCUCAGCAAUGGCCGCGAGUCGGCCAGCAGCCUCAUCUCCAGCUCGUCAGGCGAGGUGUCGGCGUGGCGCGGCCCGGAGCCGGCCGCCGCCGACGGCUCGGAGGUCACCAUCACGCACCGACGGGCGCCGCCGCCGUCCAUCAGCGAGAAGCGGCACGCGUCCAAGGACGCCAAGAGCACGGACACGUACCAGCGCACCAAGCGGGCGCGCGAGGAGCGACGCGCGGCCACCGACGGCGGACGCAGCGCCUCACACCAGUCACUAACGCAGCCCGAGCCGCCCCAGCCGCCCAACGACGUCGGUCCCAGUCUGGGCAUGAAGAAGUCGUCCAGCCUCGAGUCGCUCCAGACCAUGGUGCAUGAGUUGGCUCAGCUGACUGCUGAUGCUGUCGAGUUGUCGGUGCUGUGCGGUGACUGGUCGCGGCUGUGCCCUGGUUGGCUCAGCUGA